CCCGUGGACGGGCUCCUCCAUCCCUUGUUCCCCGUGGACGGGCUCCUCCAUCCCUUGUUCCCCGUGGACGGGCUCCUCCGGUUGUUUUCAGCUAUGUAACGUGUUUCGUCAGAACAUGGAGAUCGACCAGUGUCUGCUGGAGACUCUCCCGUUUGGCCAGCGGCAGCGGCUGGUCAGGAGAAUGCGCUGUGACCAAAUAAGGGCGUACUACGAGCGAGAGAACACCCUGCAGAAACCGGUAGGCGGAGUCAAGGUCAAAGCCCCGUCCACCAGCCACAGGAAGAGGCACCGCAUUUGCUUCAGCCUUGGUGAUGUCAUACAGGAUGCCAUCAUACGGCACGAUGACAAAGAAGUGCUGUGUCUGCUGAAGCAGGGAGCUGACCCCAACACUCCUAUCACCUCUGGAGGUUCUCUUCUACACCUGUGUGCUCGCCAUGACAACGUGUUUGCUGCAGAGGUUUUGAUUGAGCGAGGGCUUAACGUCAACAUGCAGGAUGAGGACCUCUGGACAGCCCUGCACGUGGCAUGUGUGUGUGACCACGCCGACAUGGUGCUGUUGCUAUUGCUGGCUGGGGUGAAUGUUCUACUGCAGGAUGUGAAUGGGAACAUUCCACUGGACUACACCACCGAGGGAACUGAGACCAGCUACAUCAUCCGAAAACACCUGGAGGAAAACGUUCCAGGUGGAGAUGUGCCGUCCAUGCACACCAUGCGUACGCAGAGGCCCAGCACCAUGUUGUCUGAUGUUAGACAACUGGUCUCCAGCAGGGGCAGUCUCAACUUACGCAACGAUGACGGGGUCACUCUGCUCCACAUAGCGUGUGCUAGCGGCUACAGAGAGGUGGUGUCCGUGCUGCUGGAGCACGGGGUGGACCCUCAGCCCUCCGACAACAGCUAUUGGACACCUCUCCACCUGGCUGCCAAAUAUGGACAGACAAGCAUCGUUAGCCAGCUGCUGAAGCACAGAGCAGAUCCAACUCUCCUAAACUGCAACCAAGACAAGCCCUCAGGUAUAGCAGCAUCCGACCCCAUCAUGAACAUGCUGCUGAGAGCAGAGGAAUGCUGGGUAGAGAGACUGAAGGACCCCUCUGUCCCACCGGCCCCUACAGACAAACGCUACGAUGGAGGCGAACACGACCACACCAUCCCCGUCAAGAACCUGACCCCCCUCUCCAUGCCCCUCUCUAAGAGGGACAGUCUGUUGGAGAAGUGUGCCAUGUUCAGGGAGUUGGGAGGGGGGCUGAGCAGAUAUCCUUCACAGGACAACGGUCUAGAUGGACCCACAGGACCCUGCAAACUGGAGCAGGUGAAGCUGAUGCCUCCGGCGCCUAAUGAUGACCUGGCAUCUCUCAGUGAGCUCACAGACAGCAGCCUGCUCUACGAGAUGCAGAAACGCUUUGGCAACGACCAGAUAUAUACCUACAUCGGACACAUUCUCCUCCUGGUCAAUCCGAACAAAGACCUCCCCAUCUACUCUACACUGGUGAGUCAGUUGUAUCUGAGUUCUUCAGGGCGUUUGUGCUCCUCUCUGCCUCCUCACAUCUUCUCCUCAGCAGAGAGGGCCUACCACAUGAUGCUGCAGGAGCGACGCCCACAAUGCUUCAUCCUCAGUGGGGAGAGUGGUUCUGGGAAGACGGAGGCCUGUAAACACAUAGUGAGACACCUGGCAGUGAGGUCCAACCCCAAAGGCUUCUCUCUUGAGCCCAGGAUGAAGCAAGUGAACUGUAUCCUGGAGGCGUUUGGUCAUGCCAGUACUCCUGUGAAUGACAACUCCAGUCGCUUCAUCAAACUCCUCAGCCUGCAGUACUGUGACAAGAGAAGGACACUACUCAGAGCGAGGAUAUACACGUACAUGCUAGAGAAGUCACGGGUGGUCCACCUGCCUAGUCAGCAACACAACUUCAACAUCUUCUACCUGAUGGCUGAAGGCUUGUCGCCUGAGGAGAAGUGUGCCCUGUACCUCAACAACGUCCUAGCUCACAGGUACCUGACAGCAGGAGUUCCAGCAGUAGAUUCCCCUCCUGUGGCCACUGCCUCAACUCAGAGUAGAGACCGUCUCACUGCAAUCAAACAGGCCCUCAGAGCACUGGGCUUCAAUAAACUGGAAGUGGACAGUGUGUUUAUGCUGCUGUCAGCAGUGCUGCAUGUUGGGGACCUGUGCUUCACAGCCCUGACAGACGCUGAGAUAGCCUACCCCUCUGACCUGCAGCUGCUGGAGCGAGUGUCUGGAAUGCUACAGGUGUGUUCUGAUGACCUGAGUACUGCCCUCACCUCUGAUGUGCAAUACUUCAAAGGUGAUGUCAUCACACGCCGCCACACGGUGGAGAUGUCAGAGAACUACAGAGACCAGCUGGCUAAGGCCGUGUACGGACGUCUCUUCAGCUUCCUAGUCAACAACAGUAACUACUACCUACAGGGACAGGACCACAGCACGGGAGAUCCAGCGCUUGAGAUUGGAAUCCUGGACAUCUUUGGAUUUGAGGAAUUCCAGAGUAAUGGAUUUGAGCAGCUGUGUGUGAACAUGACCAACGAGCGUGUGAGGCUGUACGUCUCAGAGGUGCUGUUCCAUCAGGAGCAGGCCGAGUGUCUACAGGAGGCCAUCGCCAUGGAGACGCUCCGGUCGCCCAGCAACCAACCUGCUGUUCUAGACUUCUUCCUGAAGCCUCAGGGUCUGCUGUCUGUGAUGGAUGAGGAGAGCCAGUCGCUGAGACCUACAGAACAGACUCUCUACAAGAGACUGCAGUCACACCUCGACAACACACCCACACAUGGUAUCUCCUUGACAACCAAGGACGGCAACGGCAACCCCCCGCCCAUAGAUCAGGGUCCUGCCUUCACUGUGAAACACUACACAGGCCAAAUGGCCUAUGACCUCACAGGAACACUGGUGAAGAACAAGGACUCCCUCCCCCAAAACCUGCUUCUUGUUCUGAAGUCCAGUGAGAGUGUGUUGGUGCAGCAGUUGUUCCAGUCCAAGCUGACCCAGACUGGGUCUCUGGUACCGGGCCAGGCCAGAAUGGCUCUGAGAGGGUCCAAAGCAGCCCUGCUCCUUCACAGGAUGUCAUCCCCCUCCAGCCUCUCCCCCGCAGGCCACAAGCCCCAGAGGUACCUGGACCUCACCAAGCUCUUGAAAAAGCAGGGAGCGACCUCUUUCCUGCAGAGGCUGGAGAGGUGUGGUCCAGUUACGGUCGCUGUGCAGCUGAGGAACGCUCUGUCAGAGGUGAUCAGUAAGCUACAGGCGUGCACCCCUCACUUUGUGGAGUGUGUACGUCCCAACAGCAGUGACAUGGCGGACAGCUUUGACAGUUGCUACGUGUCUACCCAGCUGCAGUACGUCGGGGUGCUGGAGAUGGUCCGGAUGAUCCGCUAUGGCUACCCUGUACGCCUGCCCUUCAACAGCUUCCUCACCAGGUACAGAGACCUAGUGGACACCACUCUAGCUGACAAGAAGAAGCUUUCAUCAGAGGAGAAAUGUUGCUUUGUUCUGCAGCAGUGCAAACUCCAAGGAUGGCAGAUGAGCAGCAGUAAGGUAUUUCUGAGGUACUGGCAAGCUGACCAGCUCAACGACCGCUGCCACCAACUACACAGGAAGAUCAUCAUCUGCCAGAAAGUGAUCCGUGGCUGGCUGGCCAGGCAGCGUGUGCGCCAUAGACUGUCGUCCCAGCCGACUGAGGACUGCAGUAUCCAGAGGUUCCUCCAGGGGGCAGAAGACCAGGGCCUGUGCACCUACGACCACCUGGUCAUCCAGAACGCCUCUGACAUCGCCCGCGAGAGCAACCACCAGCGCUGCCAUGGCAACGGGUCACACAGCAACAGUCCGCCCCUCGGUGAGAGGCCCGAGCCAGUUGGCGAAGAGGAGGACACCCCCAAAAGGGUUGUGGAGAAGAGGAGAAACCAAGACGGUUCUGUCAAUGGGGGGCGCCGGAAUAUCCGCCACUUCCGCUCCAACUCAGUGCCCAUCCCCCUGGCUAUAGAGAACUUGGUACAUUCCAGCUAUGGCCCAUCCAUCAGACCGGCCCUUCAACAGGCGGCCCAUACCACUGAGGAUGGGGGAGGCCUGGCAUCACCACGAAAACAGCCUCCCCCUAAACCCAAGCGGGACCCCAGCACUCGUCUGAGUGCGUCCUACGAGGCGGUCAGUGCCGGACUGACCCUGGGACCCCCGAGAGAGAGCCCCACUCCUGAGGGCUAUGGGUCCCCUGCAGAGAGCCCCCCCAAAACACAGCUGUCACCUACGGAUGCUCUCUCCAAGCCGCGACCCCACAGUGAUGACUACACAACCAUGAGGAAGGUGCCUCCUCCCAAGCCCAAGAGGAACCCCAACACCAAGCUCACUGGCUCCUAUGAAGAGAUCAACGCUGCCGGCUUUAACCUCCUCCAGCUCCGCCCCGCUGAUGUCAAACUGGCCCUGCUGUCCCGCACUGGAGGGCUAGGGGGUAUGGGGUGUCUGAGAGGGCUGAUACAGCGUGCAGCGUCUGUGGACGGCCCACAGGGGGCGACACUGAGCCUGCACCAUAACCAGGAUGAGGAGGAUGUGUACAUAGAGAUGGUGGGGGCUCAGGGCAGGAGUUACAGUCGGGGAGGGAGUUACCAGGACCCCCCCGACAGCCCCGAGCAGGGAGACACCGAGGCCGUCUACGAGGAGAUGAAAUACUUCCUGCCCGAGGAGGCGGGACUUCCUGUGGGAGGGGCAGUUGCUGCGGCGAAAGCAGCUGGGAAGCUGGAGGCGUUAGGGUUGAUGUUAGGAGGGUUAGGGUUGGGCUUGUCUCCCUCUCAGAGUGGAGAGGGGAAGAGGGCAGGGCUGGGGGGUGUAUCUACUACCAUGGAGGCCCAAACAUCUGCCGCCGGAGGAAACAGCAAGCCCCCUCAUAGUAAAGAAGGAGGGUGUGACAUCCCUGCACCAUUCCCCAACCUGCUCACCCACCGCCCCCCUCUCCUGGUGUUCCCCCCCUCCCCUGUCACCUGUUCCCCUGCGUCUGACGAGUCGCCCCUCACCCCUCUGGAGGUGAAGAAGCUGCCUGUGUUUGAGUCCAACCUGAACUACACCGGCCCAGACAGCCCCCUCUCACCUCAGUACUACCGCCAGCGCGCUGACUCCUCCCCCUCUCUUUCCGUCCUCCUCCCAGACAAGCCCAAUCCUCCCCUCACCCCUCCGCCUCCCCCUCCUCCCGCCAAUGCCCUGCCCCCCCCCUAUCGCCCCCCCCACUUUCCCUUCCCCCCAGAGUCCAGCAUACUCUCCCUUACCCGGGCUGCUUCUAUCACGGGUGGGGGCGGCUUGGACUCUCCCAAGCCCUCCUACGCCUCCUCGUCUCAUAGGGCUGCGGGGGACAAGCCCCCUCCCUACUCUCCGGCCAAGUCCACCCGCCCAGAGCCGCGCCGUGCCCACUCCUGCUCAUCCUCACCCCUUCUGUUCAACCCAGCCAACGGGAGACCCCUGACCAGCCCUCAGCCAGCCCUGGAUGAGCUCAACACCCUGUUCAGCUCUGGACGCAGCCUGCUCAAGAAGACCACUACAGGACGCAAGAUGAGGGAGGGAGGGUUCAACUCCAACAUCAACCUGCCAGGGAGAGAUGAGCUCCCAGGCUCCACCCCCUCCUCCCCGUCUCCACAGCUACAGGACAAGAACGCCAACAACCACGCCCCCCACUCCCCAAGCCACACCCCCGUAGAGAAUGGCAACCGGCUGUCUAAUGGUUCAAUGGAAGAUGAGGGUCACAUCAAGUCAAACUCCUCCAGCUCAUCGUCUCUGCACAGACAUAUGGACAGGCAUCACAUCCAGAGGGGUCAUCUCAACUUCUCCCCCUUCGGUGCAGGGGCUGCGCUCUAAGGCAGGGGGGUGCUGGGAGCACCCCUCAUGUUUAGGGACGAGGUGAUCCAACAUCUGCGUUGGUGUGGGGGAAACGCGGGUGCUGACCUGGGGGAGGGGCGGGCCGACUGGAGGACCCAACGGGACACCAACAGAACACUACGAAACCCGGACACUACGCUGGUCUGGGCCAAUAGGAGGUCCUCUCCAUAGUGGGAGGAUGACCGACUGACCACUCCUCUCCUCACACAUCCUCUCCUGUCUACACCCUGCCUCCUGCCCCUCCCUCCUGCCCAGGUCUGCCACCCCAUUGGUCAAAGGACAGGUCCAUCAGAGAGUGAGACAAUGCAUAAGAUAAGACAAUCCAACCGACAAGAGCAUUUACAAAGAAAGGAGGGAGAAAUGGAAUAGAGCAGCAAUCACAAUCCAUGUCCCUCCUUCCUCUCUCUCUCUGUCUCUCUCUCUGUCUCUCUCUCUCAGUCUCUCUCUCUCUCUCUCUCUCUCUCGCUCCCUCAUCUGAUAAUAGGAGGGGGCUUGGCGUGACAGAGCAGGGAUUGUAGAAGUUCUGUGAACAGGGACUCUCCUCCAGCUCAGAACCCAGCGAGGGAGCCUCGUCAUUGGGCUAGAUCUGUGCCUAUGUGCAGAACAGAGCAUGUGUAUACCCCCCUGUACAUAUCCUCUGUUGAAUCUCACUGGUCUGGUGUUCAGAACAGUCAUCAUCUCUAGGACCAGGAAGUUUUCCAGAUCAUGUGAUCUGAGCAGGUAAAACUCCUGUCUAGUCCUCUGAACUCCUUCAGGUAUCAGCUACCGCUUUAGCCUCGCACAGGCAACUAGGUGCUUCAGGUGCUUCUGUAACCCUGGCAACAAUAGAUCAGAGGUCAAGGAGACCCCAAGGUGCACUUCUUUCACCCCAUGCUAGCCACCAGCCUUUCACUUUAGCACAAAACUGUAUGGAAGAGCCACAACAAACACCAUACUGAGUGCAAAUAUGUACUGCCCCCACCGGCCCAGUGAUGGAUACUAAUCCCAGAAAACACGCUAAAAGUAUUACUGACUAGACAACACAAAAGCAAAGCUGUUUUGACAACGAUGGGGAUAGUAGCUAGUUCAUGUAGAAAGAACGCCAUUGGUCAGAAUGUAUCAAUGUUCUGUAAGGUUUUUACUGGCCUUAGUACCAUAUAACAGGAGGCCAGUCAAAACUCAGCUACAGAUAAUGUAUUUUACUGAUGAGUUCAUGUGUAAAGCACACAAACAGACUGAAUAGGGAACAGUGUAGAUCACCAACAAACAACUAUCUCUGGCAGUCCCUCAAUGUACUUCUUAUCUAGAUUUAUUUUACAAACAUCUCAUAGAAAUAAACUGUAGUUUCUUCAUAUUAGUACUUUCUUCAUAUUAGUGUCCCAUUCACACCAUAAUCGUUUGAUGUGUUACAUCUUAUGUAAAACAAUGUUAGGAGUCUACAAGUUUCUGUAGAAUUCAAGGCUGCAACUCAAGCACAACUGAGUUCUCAAGUAAAGCUACCCUCAACCUCCUCAUUCCCCCACCCUGUCUCCUCAUUACCCUCCCAACCUCAAUAAUAUCCCAUCAACGCCUCCAGGAUGCUGUAGGGGUUAGAGGGCGUUGCCAGGGUAACCUCCCUGUAAAUAAUGGCUGACGUUUAAUGUGGUUUUGACUAGAUGAGCUACAGCAUAUGUCAGAAUAGACUUUUCAUAGCAGGUUAGAAGAAUGUACGCAGCAGGUUAGGAGAAUUAGGUUGUUAGGAAAAGGGUUAGAGUUAGCUAAAAUGCUGUAUCCCAUCUAGCCAUGACCAUUUAAUGUCCAAAUGUUUUAUUUACUAUAGCAGAAGAGCACAGAAUUGGAAAGAUGGAAAGAGAAAAUUGUCGAUUUGGAAGAUAGUUUCAUGCAAUGACUGAGGCAAAGAGCAGAGGUUUAUUUUAUAAUGUGAAUACCUUUUUUUGCCAUAUGAUUGCCUAUUGAUAUGAAACUUCUUUAUACUGUAUUUAUCUUGUGUGUUUGUUUGUUUCCCUGUGACUCCAUUGUAAAACUGUUCCAGUGGAGAAAGACUGAUGUUUCCAUCAUUUAUUUGUCUGAUUGUUGUUAGGAUGUUAAAUUGCACAAUAUUGAUGUGUGGAGUGGUGUCCACAUCAUAAAAAAGUAGCUAAAGAUUUCCCUUUAACCACUGCUAUAGGAUCAAAUAUUUUCAACAUCCUCCUAAUGGUUAUCGUUAGGAUUGAGAGAAUGGUAAUCUGAUCCUAGAUCUGUGGUAAGGGGCACCUAACACUGGCCAUGGUAAAUUGGAUGGGUGUGUCUGUGCAAGCCAUUUGAUCAUAGAAGAUUGAUGUGACUGUAAAUCCCAGGAAGUAGCUCUGAUUGUUUUCUCAUGUACACUGAUCAUCCUCCAACACAUCUGAUUGAUCCUUUAAUAGGAAUUAGCAAUGCCAUCACAAGCUCUAUCUUGGUCGUUGACCGCACCGUGUGUGUGUGUGUGUGUGUGUGUGUGUGUGUGUGUGUGUGUGUGUGUGUGUGUGUGUGUGUGUGUGUGUGUGUGUGUGUGUGUGUGUGUGUGUGUGUGUGUGUGUGUGUGUGUGUGUGUGUGUGUGUGUGUGUGUGAUAAGAAACACUCAAUUUUAAACAGUAAUGAAGCUAGACAACAUCAGACACAGAUUAGGAGUGAGCCACUUAACCAGACAUGGCCAUGCCUGACCUUUGGUGGGGCAGGUGCUCAAAGCAACCCCACAGCCUCCACAAAGAUUAACCCUAAUUCCACUCUUCUACUGCUCCUGUAGACAAAUUCUAUUUGAAUAUAAAAUAUAAAAUAAGCUGUGAUUUUCUGCAACAGACGGUCCCUUCUCACACAUUGUAGGCUAAGAACGAUAGAACCAAAUAUGAAAAAGGGAUUUCAGUACUUGAAAUCAAGUAAAGACUAGUUCACUUGUUUUGACAACAUAGCCUACAUUAUAUAGCUGAAUCAUCUAGCCUACAUUAGAGAUGAUCAGCUCAUAUAGCCCACCCCAGUCGUGGUUCUAGCAGACACCUAUCCCUGACCAUGAGACAACACAUGCUAGCAACUCCAAAGUAACCUACUGCCGAUAUUCAUUUCAUACUCCAUACCUGGCACCUGUGGGUAGCUAGUUUGUGCAUGUGACAAAGAGUGGGGGAUGGGACUUUCAUCUUUCUUUUAAGAGUUUAUGAAAUGAUCUAGAUUGAUAGUCAAUUUGUUUCAUUUAAAGUUACAAGAGAGAAAAUAAACCAGAAUAAAUGAAUAAAAGUAAUUAGUUAUAAAAGAAAAUCGCCACUAAUCAAAAGGGCACUUUUUUCAUAGGAGGGCAAAAAGGCAGGUGCUCCAGGUCCACUAGGACUCUAUAUGGGUACGUCCCUGCAACCUUCUGAACACCCAAGCUCUGCAUUUUACUGACUGUGUAAUGUAUGGAUGGUACUGACAGUUAACAUUAUGUUUCUGACUGACAUCACCAAGAGGUAAAACAUAUAGUGAAAACAAUAGUGGUCCUAAAACGAAACCUUGAGGAACUACUAAAAUUUACAGUUGAUAUGUCAGAGGAAAAACCAUCCAGAGAGACAAACUGAUAUAUAUUUCCGACAGAUAAGAUCUAAACCAGGCCAGAACUUGUCCGUGUAAACCAAUUUCCAAUCUCUCCAAAAGAAUGUGGUGAUCGAUGGUAUCAAAAGCAGCAUUAAGGUCUAGGAGAAUAAGGACAGAUGCAGAGCCUCGGUCUCACGCCAUUCAUAGGUAAUUUACCACCUUCACAAGUGCAGGUUCAGUGCUAUGAUGGGGUCUAAAACCAGACUGAAGCAUUUUGUAUACAUUGUUUGUCUUCAGGAAGGCAAAGAGUUCCUGUGCAACAGCUUUCUCUAAAAUAUUUUUGAGAGGAAUGGGAGAUUCGAUAUAGGCCGCUAGUUUUUUUUUAUAUAUUCUGGAUCAAGGUUUGACUUUUCAAGAGAGGCUUUAUUACUGCCACUUUUAGUGAGUUUGCUACACAUCUGGUGGAUAAAGAGCCGUUUAUUAUGUUCAACAUAGUAGGGCCAAGCACAGGAAGCAGCUCUUUCAGUUGUUUAGUUGGAAUAGGGUCCAGUAUGCAGCUUGAAGGUUUAGAGGCCAUGAUUAUUUUCAGAAAUGUGUCAAGAGAUAUAGUACUAAAACCUUGAGUGUCUCCCUUGAUCCUAGGUCCUGGCAGAGUUGUGCAGACUCAGGACAACUGAGCUUUGGAGGAAUACGCAGAUUUAAGGAGGAGUCCGUAAUUUUCUUUCUAAUGACCAUGAUCGUUUCCUCAAAGAAGUUAAUGAAUUUAUCACUGCUAAAGUGAAAGCCAUCCUCUCUAGCUUUGCGACAGUAUCAAAAAUAGAUUUUGGAUUGUUCUUAUUUUCCUCAAUUAAGUUGGAAAAAUAGGAUGAUCGAGCAGCAGUGAGGGCUCUUCGAUACUGCACGGUACUGUCUUUCCAAGCUAGUCGGAAGACUUCCAGUUUGGUGUAGCGCCAUUUCCGUUCCAAUUUUCUAGAAGCUUGAUAAGAGGUCAGGUAUUUUCUGUAUACCAGAGAGCUAGUUUCUUAUAACAAAUGUUUUUUGUUUUCAGGGGCGCUACUGCAUCUAGGGUAUUACGCAAGGUUAAAUUUAGUUCCUUAGCUAGGUCGUUAUUCAGAUUUUUGUACUCUGACAUCCUUGGGUAGGUGGAGGGAGUCUGGAAGGGCAUCUAGGAAUCUUUGGGUUGUCCGAGAAUUUAUAGCACAACUUUUGAUGAUCCUUGGUUGGGGUCUGAGCAGAUUAUUUGUUGCGAUUGCAAACGUAAUCAAAUGGUGGUCUGAUAGUCCAGGAUUAUGAGGAAAAACAUCAAGAUCCACAAUAUUUAUUAGGUCCAGAAUAUGACUGUGGCAGUGAGUAUGUCCGGAGACAUGUUGGACCAAACCCACUGAGUCGAUGAUGGCUCCGAAAGCCUUUUGGAGUGGGUCUGUGGACUUUUCCAUGUGAAUAUUAAAGUCACUCAAAAUGAGAAUAUUAUCUGCUAUGACUAUAAGGUCCGAUAGGAAUUCAGAGAACUCUGUGAGGAAUGCUGUAUAUGGCCCAGGAGGCCUGUAAACAGUAGCUAUAAAAAGUGAUUGAGUAGGCUGCAUAGAUUUCAUGACUAGAAGCUCAAAAGACGAAAACGUCUGGGGUUUUUUGUAAAUUGAAUUUUGCUAUCAUAAAUGUUAGCAACACCCCUGCCUAGCGGGAUGUGCCGGGGAGUUGGUCACUAGUGUAACCAGGAGGUGAGGCCUCAUUUAACACAGUAAAUUCAUCAGGCUUAAGCCAUGUUUCAGUCAGACCAACCACAUCAAGAUUAUUAUCCGUGAUUAGUUCAUUGACUAUAACUGCCUUGGAAGUGAGGGAUCUUACAUUAAGUCGCCCUAUUUUGAGAUGUGAGGUAUCACAAUCUCUUUCAAUAAUGGCAGGAAUGGAGGUGGUCUUUAUCCCAGUGAGAUUGCUAAGGCGAACACUGCCAUGUUUAGUUUUGCCCAACCCAGGUCGAGGCACAGACACGAUCUCAAUGGGGAUAGCUGAGCUGACUACACUGACUGUGCUAGUGGCAGACUCCACUAAGCUGUCAGACUGGCUAACAGCCUGCUGCCUGGCCUGCACCCUAUCUCAUUGUGGAGCUAGGGGAGUUAGAGCCCUGUCUAUGUUCGUAGAUAAGAUGAGAGCACACCUCCAGCUAGGAUGGAGUCCGUCACUCCUCAACAGGCCAGGCUAUCUUUUGGGAGGGGCAGAAAACAGUUUCCAACCAGCAAUUGAGUUGUGAGACCCUGCUGUAGAGCUCAUCACUCCCCCCUAACUGGGAUAACUGGGAGGGGGCCAGAGACAGUUACUCGAUGCCGACAUCUUUCUAGCUGAUUUACACGCUGAAGCUGUGUUGCGCUUGGUGACGACGUGCCGACGUGGAUACCAAUAUCCCUAUACUCUCCACACUCGCCAGUUUUAGCUUAAGCCAGCACCAUCUUCAGAUUAGCCUUAACUUUGGUAGCCCUGCCCCCUGGUAAACAGUGUAUGAUUGCUGGAUGAUUCAUUUUAAGUUUAGUACUGUGGGUAAUGGAGUCGCCAAUGACUAGGGUUUUCAAUUUGUCAGAGCUAAUGGUGGGAAGCUUCGGCAUCUCAGACCCGGUAACGGGAGGAGUAGAGACCAGAGAAGACUUGGCCUCUGACUCUGACUCGCUGCUUAAUGGGGAGAACCGGUUGAAAGUUUAUGUCGGCUGAAUUAGCGACACCGGUUGAGCAUUCCUACAGCGUUUCCUUCCAGAAGCCAUGAGAAAGUUGUCUGGCUGCGGGGACAGUGCCAGGGGAUUUAUACUACUAUCUGUACUUACUGGUGGCACAGACGCUGUUUCAUCCUUUUCUACACUGAAAUGACCCUCUGCCUAACUAUUGCGUCUGAAGCUGGGCUUGUAGCACAGCUAUCCUCGCCGUAAGGUGAUCGUUCUCCUGUAUAUUAUGAGUACAGCAACUGCAAUUAGAAGGCAUCAUGUUAAUGUUACUAAUUAGCUUCGGCUGGUGGAGGUCCUGACGAACCAUGUCCAGAUAAAGCGUCCGGAGUGAAAAAGUUUAAUGAAAAAAGUCGAGCGAGGGAAAAACUAAAAAUAUAAAUGGUAUUUAAAAAGUAAAAACCGUAAAGUUGGCAGGUAGCAAAGUAUGGUUGGCAACAAAAUGCACAGCAACACGUAAACAAGUCUACAAGUUGUGACCAGAAAUGACAAAAAGAAAACUGUGUUCUACAUGUAUAUAUGACUAUCGGACAGAGUUUACACACACCUAUUACAUUGAGACAGUCCCAGUCAAUAGCAGUAUCAAAUCAAUAUUUAUUUUGGGUAUAGGAAGGUGUAGCACUCUUACUUCGAUGUGCUGAAGUCCACCACUAAACAGGGUUCCUCAUGUGUUUAUUAAUCCCAAACUACUAUGAAUUGUAAAGGCUGGUUUGAACUUGGUCUGAAGACAUGUCUGUAGACAAUUAGAAUGUGACAAGUGUUGCUGGUGAAAACAACUUUUCAUUUAUACUGGAAUGUCUGUAGAUUGUUGGUUCCCUUUUCGGGGACAGAUGAAGCAUGUUCAACUUUGACCCCGUCGCAGCGUCUGUUGACAUGUUUACCUUGCUGAGACAGCAACGAAACAGUGCACAAGUUCAACAAUUCUCCAGUAGAAUGCCUGCUUUUAUUUCGUCACGCUCAAAACAUUAAGCUGUUUUCUGUAAUUAGCUCGUAAAUAAUUGUAAAUAAUGGUCUUGUUGAUUUUAUUUUCCUGUAAUAAUGAAUAAGAAAUGUGCUGCAGUUAAGAUGUUGUCAGCUAUGAUCUGGUCAUUAUUUAAAUAAGAUAGAAACUAACCAAAACAUUGUUUAGAAAGCGUUUAAUUGCCUGGCUUGUCAGAUUAACGUGUACUAAAUGGAUGAGUGCUUCUACAUCUGCACUGCUUGCUGUUUGGGGUUUUAGGCUGGGUUUCUGUACAGCACUUUGUGACAUUGGCUGAUGUAAAAGGGGCUUUAUAAAUACAUUUGAUUGAUUGAUAAGUGUUAAAAUACAGCAGCUUUUUGGAGCAUCGGGCUGUGGUGUCUUGCAGCCUGUCUUUUUUGAGUUGAUUCUUUUUCAGAACGACAACUACAAGUUUGAUGUCGGAUGACAAUAGAAUGUUCAUUACGUCACUGGGACUGUCUGCAGACAUGUCGAUGGACCAACUGUAAACCAGCCUUAAAGUGAUGAAAACAUUAGGAGGAUGAAGAAGUAUGGCUAAUGUUGAAAGGCAUUUUAGACAGGAUAUUAGUGCUUUGUCUCCUUGCAUGAUCUGACCACUCAUCAUUGCCCUCCUGGGCUUGGGAGUUAACGCUUUACAAUGUGAAUAUCCUUUUAAGCUUUACACUGUGAACCACUGCACACAAUUUCACACUGCCGAUUCAGAUGUCAAUUCAGAUGUCAAUUCAGAUGUCAAUUCCGACUGCCAUUUCAUUCUGCCAUUUCACUCUGCCAUUUCACUCUGCCAUUUCUUCAAUGUGCUUGUCACCUUUCGAUGUUUCCCCUACCACAGCAACCUAAAAUACAGUACAAGCUACACACGUAUAUAUCCCCUCACACACACACACACACACACACACACACACACACACACACACACACACACACACACACACACACACACACACACACACACACACACAAUAUCCUCAAUGUGUGUCAUAUCCUCAAUGUCUGCCAUUUUUCAUUCAUAGUCAGAUAUCCCUUUAUCAUAAUGUUCCUAGAUCAGAUGUCUGGUGCUACAACCAGCGUAGAAUGGGCAUUGUGCUGUUCACAGUCCAUGUACAGUAUUCCAAUGACACUGUAUAUUUUAGUACAUGGGCAUAUCACUGCCUUGUUGUAAUGGUUGUUGUUGUUUUCCUGUCUCUUCCCACCCUUUUUGGAAAUUGCAUACAGUAUGUUUUACCUGCACACAUUGUGUGUAAAAAAUAACAAAAUAUUAUAUAUGUGUUGUAUCAUACUUUUUUUCAUAAAUACCUGUACAGCAAUAAAGCACAAUCGUGUCCA